AUGCAGCCGCACUCCCCCGGCAUUACUCACGGCAGCGACGACGCAGAAACAGCCCCGUGUCGGACAGCUGACUGGAUGAAGACGAUGAGGGAUGCCCCUAAGCUAGACUAUCGCGGCGGCGGAGGGGGAGGCGGCGGCGGCGGCGGCGGGGGAGAGACCCUGGAUGACCAAAGAGCCCUGCAGCUCGCGCUCGAUCAGCUCUCCCUGCUGGGGCUGGACAGUGACGAGGGUGCCUCUCUGUACGACAGUGAGCCGCGCAAGAAGAGCGUGAACAUGACCGAGUGCGUGCCGGUGCCCAGUUCCGAGCACGUCGCCGAGAUCGUGGGGCGGCAAGGUUGUAAAAUCAAAGCGCUGCGGGCGAAGACCAAUACUUACAUCAAGACCCCGGUUCGCGGGGAGGAGCCUGUCUUUGUUGUGACGGGCAGGAAGGAGGAUGUGGCCAUGGCUCGGAGGGAGAUCAUCUCUGCCGCGGAGCACUUCUCCAUGAUCCGCGCCUCGCGGAAUAAGAACACGGCGCUCAACGGCGCAGUGCCCGGGCCGCCCAACCUGCCUGGACAGACCACCAUCCAGGUGCGGGUGCCCUAUCGCGUGGUGGGGCUCGUGGUGGGGCCCAAGGGCGCCACGAUCAAGCGCAUCCAGCAACAGACCCACACGUACAUCGUGACGCCCAGCCGAGACAAGGAGCCGGUGUUCGAGGUGACCGGCAUGCCCGAGAACGUGGACCGAGCCCGCGAGGAGAUAGAGGCGCACAUCGCCCUGCGCACGGGAGGGAUCAUUGAGCUCACGGAUGAGAACGACUUCCACGCCAACGGCACGGAUGUGGGCUUUGAUCUGCAUCACGGGUCCGGCGGGUCCGGCCCGGGCAGCCUCUGGAGCAAGCCCACGCCCAGCAUCACGCCCACCCCGGGCCGCAAGACCUUCUCUAGCUACCGCAACGACAGCUCCAGCUCGCUCGGCAGCGCCUCCACAGACUCUUACUUCGGCGGGGGGACCGGCGGCAGCACGGCCGCCACCCCGCGCCUAGCAGACUACAGCCCCCCCAGCCCCGCGCUCAGCUUUGCCCACAACGGGAACAACAACAACAACGGCAAUGGAUACAGCUACGCGGCGGGGGAGGCUUCCGUGCCUUCCCCCGACGGCUGCCCGGAGCUGCAGCCCACCUUCGACCCGGCUCCCGCGCCCCCGCCUGGGGCGCCCCUGCUCUGGGCUCAGUUCGAGCGGUCCCCGGGGGGCGGCCCCGCGGCCCCCGUGUCCUCCUCGUGCUCUUCCUCCGCAUCUUCCUCCGCCUCGUCCUCCUCGGUGGUCUUUCCCGGGGGCGGCGCCAGCGCGCCCUCCAACACCAACCUGGGGCUGCUGGUGCACCGCCGGCUGGAAGGGCGCCUCACGCCCGGCCUAAUCCGUACCAGCAGCUUGGAGUUCCUCGCCGAGCUCGGGGCUGCCCCACAGCUAGCGAGGUCGCGGCAGGACAUUCCGUGCAGCCUGCUGCCCGUCCCGAAGGGCCUCCGGGUGCAGGCGGAGGACGGGGGACGCCCCGCGCCGUGUCCCAGGAUGUUUAAGGAAAGCCGUUCAGCCAAAUGCCACCAGACCCCUGAGCGCGCCUCUCCGGGGGUGAGAACGGGCUGCAGCGGCGCCGUGAUGAUCGCCAUCACCCGCCGCCGCGGGCGGUUCGCUGGUCCAUGCACACAGCCCGCGGAGCCGGGCAUACUUGCCGUCUUAUUUAACAUGUAA